AUGAUAAAGGUUCCGGAAGAGAUGGUCAUACCAUGGGUUAGUGAUGCUUCUUUGUCUGAGCUUAUAAAUGCAACAUUUCCAAACUUGGUGGAAAAUUCCAGAGAUAGAGACUACAUGGUCAAUAGGGCAUUGAUCACACCAUUGAACGAGUACGUCGAGAAGCUUAAUGACCGAGUACUUCAAAUCUUUCCUGGAAAAGAGGUUUUAUUCUACUCAUUUGAUUCUGUGGACGACAAUACUCACGGUCUUUACAAACAAGAAUACUUGAACAACAUUGCUCCAGGGGGAUUGCCAUCACAUAUUUUGAAAUUGAAGAUCGGUGCGCCUAUUAUGUUUUUACGGAAUGUUGAUGCAAAAAAUGGUCUAUGUAAUGGUACAAGGUUAAUAAUCAAAGAAUUCUUCCCAAGCUGUAUUGAUGCGGUUAUUAUUAGUGGGAACUAUAUAGGUACACGAGUUUUUAUUCACAGGAUGCCACUGGAGCCACCUGAGAAUCUGAAGCUCCCGUACAAGUUUAAGCGUAAACAGUUUCCGAUCCGUUUGUGUUUCGCCUUUACAGUCAACAAGGCGCAGGGGCAAACGAUCGAAAACACAUGUAUUUUUUUUCCUGAGCAUGUGUUCGGCCAUGGUCAACUGUACGUUGUUCUCUCGAGAGGAGUAUCAAGUAGCAACACGAAAGUAUUAAUGGCUAAAGGCACAAUUGCAAAGAAGAAGGGAACGUACACGAAAAAUGUUGUGUAUAAAGAAGUCUUUCUGUCUUAG